AAGUCAUCUGCGUCAGCUGUCAAAAUAUUCGAAGUGUCAUAUCAAUUAGAGUUUUGGAUAUUUCGUUUUGUUUUUAUUUUCUAUCUAAAUUUAAUGGGCUAAAUAUCAAAUUAUGGAACAAAAGUUAUUUUACUUGGAAUUGUCUAGCGAACCAAUUCGUUUUGAUGCAGUUAGUCAGUUAACAAAUGUAUUCUUCGAUGACUCCAACCGACAAGUGUUUGCUGUACGAUCAGGCGGAGCUACGGGGUGUUGUGUUAAGGGACCUGGUGAAACAGACCUCAUAUCGUUUUGCAUGGAAGACAAAGGACCCAUUCGUUCGAUUAAGUUUUCACCGAACAACAAAAUCCUUGCCAUACAGCGUACUGACACUAGUGUUGACUUUGUAAAUUUCUUGAACAAUCAACCGCAAAUGAAUGAUAUGGUAGUGUACAAAGGGAAAAACGUCACCAUUCAUGGAUUCGUUUGGGUACACGAAAAGGAAGUGGCUGUGAUAUCGAACGGUAGUGUAGAAAUGGUGGUCUUGAACAUGGAAAAGAAGCAAGCGAAAUGCUUGAAGUCAAUCUCUAUGACCAUUAACUGGUUCAUGUGGUAUGCACCAGGCAAUUUGGCUUUACUAGCUACUAAUAAUGGAUCAGUAUUAAUGCCAGUGCUGUUGAAACAAGGGACGAUAACAAAAUUACCGAAACUAGAACCGCAGAGUGAACGCGGACUACCUGAAAGAGAUGUUACAUUGGCCCAAAUAUACGGAACGUUUGCAAUUUUGAUUUUGCGUCCAACCGAAACGCGAACACUGUCUGUGGUUAUAUAUUUAUUGAAUGGACCUGGUCUAUCACCGAAAAAGUCCCACGUCUUAUGUUUAGGACAUAGUGGACGGUUCGCUAUAAAUAUUGUUGACGACUUAGUCGUUGUACAUCACCAGGCAACUGGAACUUCAAUGCUGUUUGACAUAGCACUGAGUGGCGAAACAGAUAGUAGUGGAGUUGUUCAUCAUACGCCAAUGACUCCAGGAAGGCCUAUAAAACCAUUUUCGUUAAAAAUGCCAAGCCUUUCGUUUGACGGCGAAACAAAAAAGUGUGAACUUUAUUCGCCGAACUGGGUGAUUUUUCAACCAAAUAUCGUUAUCGAUGCGAAACUUGGUUGCAUGUGGUACGUCAACCUAAAUUUAAAUGUAUUGAGUGAAGUAAUGACGGAUCGAUUACGUUUGGUCGAAUUAUUACUGCAGCGUACACAUGGAAAGCCGGUACUGAUGUCGAUUUUGAUUGAAUUAAUGGGACCUCAAUAUAACAACGCAUCGUUACCAGUAAUUGAAAAUAUUUUCGACAAACUGAAUGUCGUCUAUAAAGGUCAUGUCAACGCCGAACUCCAAAAUCAGAUAGCCCAACCAUCAUUUGCCAAACAACAAUCCGUCAAAAGUGUCGUUCCUCCGAGAGUGUUAAUCGAUCAGAAUGAUCUACAUGCCGUGUUUGCGACAAUAUCCGACACGGCUUAUUGCAACAAACUUCUGAUGACCUACAUUCACUCGUUGGCGAAGCAUAAGAUCGCUGCUCAACAAGAUUUAAGUAAAAUGAUUAUCGUGGACUUGGUGCGUCACAAAAAGUUCGAUACGCUGCGAAAAUUAAUAGCACUGUCGCUGUUACAUGAGUCAAAGCCGUUGGCUUGUUUUCUGUUAUCAUUAUCCAGUGCUGAUGAUUCUAUAACGCAAAUGGCUUUAGAUAUGUUACACAAAUUAAAGGCCAAUGGGAUUAUCGUUGAGGUGCUGUUGGGUCAGGGUAAAAUCAUUGACGCACUACGCUUAGCAAAAUCGUUACCGGGAGGCGAGGCAACGUUAUCGGCUCGUAAAUAUCUAGAGGCGGCGAUCAAAGGUGAUCCGUUGGUGUUUUAUUCCGUCUAUUCAUUUUUCCAACAGAGAAACGUUCGUUUGCGUGGUUCACAGGAUUUCCUAAAAAAUGAACUGUGCAACGAGUAUAUAGAGCAUUAUCAGAAUACGUUUUGCAAAUAAAAUUAUUCUAUUUCUUAAA